UCAAAGUUUCACUUCAGUUGUUUUCAUUCCUCUAUAGAAAAUGAACACUAAUAUUUUAAUUAUUCUAACUCUUGUUGUUACAACGAAUGCUUACCGGAUUCAUCAAAACUCUUCCCUCUACCUACCAGCAGGAUUGAACUUCUCAGAGAGUGAUGAUCGCAUAAUAGGUGGUUUAUAUGCAGAUAUCAGAGAAUUUCCUUAUCUCGUAGCUCUUAUAAUCUACGGAAAAGCCGCUUGUGGAGGGAGCAUUAUAUCUGAAGAUUGGGUUCUCACUGCUGCUCAUUGAUUAGAAAAUCGUUUAAUAAAAAAGUACCUCACGAUUCGAAAUGGUUCAACUACAUGGCCAACAGGUGGUACUAUUCAUGAAACAACCGAAAUAAUUCUUCACGGAGGGUAUUCUGCUUAUCAGCGUUCAACUUAUAACGAUAUAGGCCCAAUUAAACUAAACCCCAAAUUUCAAUUCAAUGAAUACACCUGUCAAGCAAUCCCACUUAUUAAUGCCGGAGAGAAGACUGAGCCUGGUACUUUGGCCCUUGCGGGUGGAUGGGGAAGAACGGAAGACAAUAUAUAUCCCGAACAUCUGUUUAAAGUCUUAGUUCCAAUACUAUCCCGUGAGGAAUGCGACUCUUAUUUUUCUAGCCCUUUACCAAUGGGGCAAAUUUGUGCUGGAUUCAAGGAAGGUAGUUAUGAUUCAUAUGAUGGUGAUUCAGGUGGUCCAUUGUCAGUCGGAAAUUUGCUUGUUCGAAUAGUGUCUUAUGGAAAUGGAUGUGGUAAGCCUUAUGCCCCUGGUGUCUAUGCUGAGGUUGCGUACUAUCGGAAUUGGAUAAAGCAAAAAACGGGAAUUUGAUCCUAAUCACAACUGUGUUUCGUUACCAAGAACUUUUUGACGUUUUGUUUAGCUAUUCG